AUGGUCAUCACACGAAAACGAAGAGACUCGAACAACACAUUCUUCUGUACUUUUGUAUUCUUUUGUCAGUGUUUAAUCAUUCUUUAUUUGUAUAAACAUUUGAAGAAUAGUGAGUUUUUAAACAUACUUUUGCAGAAAAUGCGUCUAGAAGCGUUCAAGGAAUCCGAGAAGAUUCGAAAGGAAAUUUUGGAACUUUCAAAACAAAAUGAGACGACACAAUUCUACAAUAGCAUCAAAUUCGAGGCGUUUUGUCCAAAAAAAGUGAGAAUUGGAGGAGAUGGUGACAGUGGGAAAGAAAUCCAAAAAAUCACUGAUAAUCGAUGUAAAAUUGUUGGCGCUGAUAUGGCGGAGCAAAAUCAGACUACAAAGGAAAAAUACGAUAAAAUGAGGGGUCAAUUGUUUGUUGGAAACAUUCCAGACACAUUGAAAAUGUAUCGACUAAUGAUUGAUUCUGAAUCCCGGGAUGUGGAAAUUCUGAAAAUCGAUAUCGAAAGUUCGGAACAUGAAGCACUGGAACCAUUUUUGAAGGAUUAUUUUGUAUGCCAGAUUCUUAUUGAAAUUCAUGGACACCCAGAGAAACAAUUGGAAAUGUUGAGGAAAUUGUCAAGACUCGGCUUCCGCCUAUUCAACUUGGAACCGAAUCCAACGUGUCCCAUCUGUUGUGAAUAUUCAUUUAUCAACGAAAUGUGCAUGUAUCGUUAUCAAGUCACCCCAUUGGCCAUUUUAAUUCCUUAA